UUCGCUGCUUCUAUGAUGGCAUUAGACAACUUGAUUCCAAUAGCUAACAUCUGCAGCUGGGGGUUCUGAAAUCUCUGCGCUUUUGGAAGAACGCUGCAAGCAAUUACCAGCAGUACCUACGUCAUGUCCUUAACUGAUAGUUGUGUUAUCAAAUUCUUAAUCACUGCUACUGUGACGGACACUGGUGUCGCUUCUCUACACGCACGGGAUCCACAAAAUACUGUACUUGCAAACGGGAUUUUAAAGUAGACAGUACAGAACUUCAAAUUAUAAUCGGGCUAUCGCAGCAGAAUUAAAGACACUCAAUUUUUUGUUUUGUUUGUUUGUUCUGUAUGGUUGCUUUAGGAAAACCACACACGCUGGAGAAGACAUAGAACUUCAUCGACCCUCUUUUUGCAGAGAUGUUUUUAGUGCAAUAACUGUUUCUAUGCUUUUCUGCCGGGUUUCGACUCCCGAAAGAAUGACAAGGUUUUUCAUGUGGAAUUUCUUGAUACUAGUCUGGUGCUGGGCUUUGGUGGAAGCACAGGUUGAUUCUGAUGCUGGCAUCACUACAGAGGAACAAAUUUACCGACUCAUUGAUGCCAAGCUGCGGUGUGACCUGAACAUUUCUGCACAGGAUUCUGAAGAUGACUUGUGUCCAGCGGAUUGGGAUGGCCUGGUCUGCUGGCCAGGGGGCUCCCCUGGUGAGGUAACAAGAGUGUCCUGCCCAUCAUACAUCUAUGAUUUCAACCACAAAGGCUAUGCUUACCGAAAGUGCAAUGCCAAUGGGUCCUGGGAGUUUGUGGAGAACAACCUAACCUGGCCAAAUUAUUCAGACUGUGCCAUGUUCCUUCACCCUGGCCUGGAAGGGGAAAAAAGGGAUUUCUUUGAACGUCUGUAUAUCCUGUACACUGUAGGGUAUUCAGUGUCAUUCAGCUCCCUCGUGGUUGCCGUUUCCAUCAUUGGCUAUUUCAGGAGGCUGCACUGCACCAGAAACUACAUCCACAUGCACCUGUUUGUAUCCUUCAUGCUGCGUGCCAUCAUCAUCUUCAUCAAAGACAGGGUCGUCCACGCCAACAUCGCUUUGCAGGACUUCGAUUCUGCUGCAAUGGACGACUAUAAAACCCUCUCGCUGGCGCUGGUCCUGAACAAAACACAAUAUAUUGGGUGCAAGAUUACAGUCCUGCUUUUUAUCUACUUCCUUGCCACCAACUACUACUGGAUACUGGUGGAGGGACUCUACCUUCACAGUCUCAUCUUCAUGGCUUUCCUUUCAGACACUGAGUACCUAUGGGGAUUCACUUUGAUUGGAUGGGGAGUUCCAGCUCUGUUCGUGGCAGCAUGGGCAGUCGUCAGGGCAACGGUGGCUGAUGCACGAUGCUGGGAACUAAGUGCUGGCAACCUGAAAUGGAUUUACCAAGCUCCAAUCCUGAUAGCUAUUGGGCUGAAUUUCAUCUUGUUUCUGAACAUUGUUCGGGUUCUGGCCACAAAAAUACGGGAAACAAAUGCUGGAAGAUACGACACGAGGAAACAGUACAGGAAGCUCGCGAAAUCAACACUUGUCCUGGUGCUGGUGUUUGGGGUGCACUACAUUGUCUUUGUGGGAAUGCCACACACUUUCAAUGGGAUGGGAUGGGAGGUGCGGAUGUACUGUGAGCUUUUCUUCAACUCCUUUCAGGGUUUCUUUGUGUCCAUUAUCUAUUGCUACUGCAACGGAGAGGUUCAGACAGAAAUCAAGAAGACAUGGACCCGCUGGAACCUGGCGCUCGACUGGAAGAGGACCCCCCAGUUCAGCAGCUACCGCUACGGGUCUGUGCUCACCAACCUCAACAACAGCACCAGCAGCCAGUCCCAGCUCGCCCGUGCCUCCCGCACGGCUCUCUUCUCCAGCAGGGUGUACAGGAGCGGACCAUCCAGAGCCAUCAACAGCCACACCACCCUGCCUGGGUAUGUGAUCAGCAACUCGGACCCAGACAGCAUGCCGCCCUCCAUCCCAGAGGAGAGCGACGGGAAUGAGGAGAAGCAAGUGGACGACAUCUCCCUGAAGGAGCAGCUCCAGCCCACGAUGAUGAGCAGCAGCUGCGUGGAGGAUGAUGAAGCAGCGCUGUGAGGACUUCUCCACGUCAGCCCACGGGGCUCUUUACUCUGUCUGAAACCCCUUCUCCGCUCUUUAGUGUCAGUUUGACCACUUUGGACUCAGUGGCUAAUUGAUCCAUUUGUAUUUUAGAAAUAUGUUUGUUAUCUAGUGAAAGCACAAUCUGUAAUCCAGUGUCUCAACAAAGCUCUUGUUGUGUGUAAGGGUUACCUGCGGUCCUGCUUUCAGAUGCAUGGAAGAAAGUGUGAAUCGAUGAAGAGUCAAGCAAGCUUACAGACUCGUGUCCAGUGUAUCCCAAGGAUUAGGAAGAAUUAAGAAUCUUCAAGCUCUGGCUCCAGCUUCUCGUUGUGGUGUAUCAAAAUGCCCAAAUUGCAAACUGUUUGUGAUCGGGUGAAUGCAUGACGCAGUAUCGACAAAAGGACAUUUUGAAAAAACUUUCAGACAUGUAUAAUAAUGCUUCAGACAAGUUGUUUAUUUAAAAUACUUGACGUUAAGGGCUGUGUUUGAUAUUUUCAUGUUGGUAUGCUAAUCUGUACCAGUUUUAUUAUUGAACUGAACUUUCACACCAUAAUGCACCAGGGGUAUUACAGGGCAUGUGUUCCAAUGGCACUUUUUGGGGAGUUGCAAAUAAAAAUAACAACAUUUUAACAGAAUGUUUUAAAAAAAGGUUUUAUGAAUGCCAAAUUAAUUUUGUACAUUUUGAUUUAUUAUUAUUAUUAUUAUUAUUAGUAGUAGUAGUAGUAGUAGUAGUAGUAGUAGUAGUAGUAAUGAUAGUAUCACUAGCAGUAGCAGCAGUAGUAAUGAUAUGGAUAUUUGCAUGUUGUGCUAACAUGCCUGACUGUAUAUACCCGAUCCUCUGUGAGGAAGCUCAGUAUUGAGCCUGUAUGAAGGUAGUUUUAGCUUUGCCCCCGAGCCCCGUCUCCUCCUGUAAAAUGCAUUGCACUAUUUGGGCCACGUGUCUAUUAUUAUUAUUAUUUAUUUAUUAGCCGACGCCCUUAUCCAGGGCGACUUACAAUUGUUACAAGAUAUCACAUUAUUUUUUACAUACAAUUAGCCAUUUAUACAGUUGGGUUUUUACUGGAGCAAUCUAGGUAAAGUACCUUGCUCAAGGGUACAGCAGCAGUGUCCCCCACCUGGGAUUGAACCCACGACCCUCCGGUCAAGAGUCCAGAGCCCUGACCACUACUCCACACUGCUCAAUGAUUGUUUACUUGUAAAAAAAGAAAGAAAAACAAAUCUAUUCAAUUAUUAAUAAAUGUUUCCAGCCCAUCUUUUUUCCUUGUUGCUCAAUUCUGUAUUUCUAUUUAAAUUCAUGUGUCAGUGUUUUCCGUGUGAAGCAAAAUAUCCUAACUUUGGUUCA